AGGUGAGCGAAGCAACGGCAGUCGCCGAAUCGAAUCGUGGCGACAGAAGCCAAAGUUUAGCCGAGUGCAUGCUGAACGAAGAAGAAAUUAUCGCACAAACAACAUAAACGGAAACAUCGUAUUGAUAAGCUGUGGAGAAUAAGAGAAUAGCACCGCGUUCGUUCCGAUACCCUAUAAUAGUGCCCUAGUGUAUCCACGCCUCCUAAAUACACUGAAAAAAUUAAGGAAAAUGUAUUAAUUAAGGAAUAUCUAAUAUGAAAAAUAUAAGCAUCAGUGAAAGAUAACGGUACAAAUACGUGCUAAUAAUAUUUCACUACAAUAAAAUAUGAAUAAAUUAAGAAGAAAAGUUGAAAAGUGUGCAUGUGUGGAUGCAAACGUAAAUUUUGUUAUAGGGAUGUACAUAUGACUGUUUAUAUUUACUUAGUUGCGUAGUGAAUUGUUUUAUAAAAGAAAUGUAAGCAUAUACUACAUUUUAACAAUGCAGUGUGUGUGUUAAGUGAAUUUAAAUGUUUUCAUUGCACUGACCUAUAGUAAUAGCUGAAAGGGGUGCAUAUCCUUAUAUAUACAUAUGUAUAAGAUACAUAUUAAAUACAUACAUACACACAUAUGUAUUUAUUGAUGUCAUAAUGGUGUGCUUAUGCGAAAGCCGUUUUUAUGAUUUUGAAGUUGCAAUAUUGCGCAUGGAUCUGUGAAAAUAAAGAUGUCCAUUCAAAAGCUAGCCGAAAGCACAAAUUCAGGUUAUGUCAGCUCUGAAGAAACUGAUUCACUGCUUGUAUCCAAUACGCCAAAAUGUAAAUCCUCCGUAUUACGACAUAUAAAAAUGAGCUCAGUAAAUGGACCAACAUCGACGAGCAUGACUUCUUCCUCGACCGGCAAGCCAACGUUAAUACGCCAAGAUCGUACUUCCACUUAUCUUACGAGUCCUCAGCUAUCCCAACAAACUCGUCUUGGAUCAGAGGAAAGCGUACGCGGUGUUGGGGGAGAUGAUGACAUCGAACAGGGACUACGACCGGGAGUAGUACCCGAUAUUGAAGUACAUGAAGAUAAUCCAAAUAAACAACAAGCGACUCACAAAAAAUUGGAGUCGAACCAUUUAAAACAGCAACCAGUACAACAAUCGAAUUCACGAUCGCAACUUCAGCAACAAAUUUCUCAACCAACCAUAUCAAUAACGAAUUUGAAUACGUAUCAGACACAAGAGUAUGUUAAUCCGCAAAGUAAUCCAAAUUUGGGAACAUCAUCAUAUCAGAACCUCUCUUGUGGUAUUCCCACAAGCGCUCAAAAUCGUUGUCGCGCUUGCCGUAACUGUAGUCGACGAGCAUCAACUACGCCUCUCUCCACUACAGCUAGUGCCGGCAUGGACCGCUCAACAUCGAAAGACAGCGUCAAAAGUGCCUUUCAACAGGGUAACCUGUCGAUUUCCAGUUCGGCGAUGCAACAACACGCACCACCGUCUCUUUUAGUUACUUCGUCGCCUACGAAUGGAUCACGCAUAAUCCGUCAAAGCUCUCAGCCCGAGUCCAGUACCACAGCCAUUUGUUGUGGCGCACAUAGCUCUUGCGGACACUCGCACACAGUUCCGAACGUGUCACUGAAGAUUUUGCGAGAUAGUGCGACCGAUGGAAUUGCAGGCAUAGCUGCCGAUUCCUUACGCAUUAACGGUGGCAUGCGACCAUUCAAACAGCUCCGCAAACCAGCGUCGACUCUCUCAAUUCCUGGCUCGAUGAAAACACCUUCUAUAGCGAAUCGGGAACAGAACUCAUCGGGAUGCAACGAAGAAGCAGCCGAGGCGUUAGUGGGUAUCCACUCUGAUUACCCCAGGUAUGAAAUGUAUAUGGAAGAACGAGCUCUUACUGGCGGUAAUACAUCGAGGAAACCGUCAACGAUUUCAGCAAAACACAAACCCAACGUUGGAUACCGGCUUGGUAAAAGAAAAGCUUUAUUUGAGAAAAGGAAACGCAUUAGUGAUUAUGCGUUGGUAAUGGGAAUGUUCGGUAUAAUCGUUAUGGUGAUUGAAAACGAAUUAAGCAGUGCCGGCGUUUAUACAAAAGCUUCAUUUUACUCGACAGCGUUAAAAACGUUAAUAUCUGUUUCGACUGUGAUUCUUUUAGGUCUUAUUAUAGCUUACCAUGCUUUGGAAGUGCAGUUGUUCAUGAUAGACAAUUGUGCAGACGAUUGGCGGAUCGCAAUGACAUGGCAACGAAUUAGUCAGAUAAGUUUAGAACUUUUUAUAUGUGCAAUUCAUCCAAUUCCUGGCGAAUAUUAUUUCCAAUGGACCACAAAAUUGGCAAAUAAAAAUAAAACUAUGGGCACCGAAACGGUACCAUAUGAUGUGGCGUUAUCAUUACCCAUGUUCCUUCGGCUAUAUUUAAUAUGUCGGGUUAUGCUUCUUCAUUCGAAAUUAUUUACGGACGCAUCGUCACGAAGCAUAGGAGCCCUCAACAGAAUUAACUUUAAUACAAGAUUUGUUUUAAAGACUUUAAUGACAAUAUGUCCAGGAACGGUGCUACUAGUUUUCAUGGUAUCCCUAUGGAUUAUUGCUUCGUGGACUUUGCGGCAGUGUGAAAGGUUUCAUGACGAAGAACAUGCAAAUCUUUUGAAUGCAAUGUGGCUGAUAGCAAUAACAUUUUUAAGUGUCGGUUUCGGUGAUAUUGUACCAAAUACGUACUGUGGACGUGGUAUUGCCGUCAGUACAGGAAUAAUGGGUGCCGGUUGCACGGCCUUGCUUGUCGCGGUCGUUUCGAGAAAAUUGGAGCUCACCCGGGCUGAAAAACAUGUUCACAACUUCAUGAUGGAUACACAACUAACGAAAAGGCUGAAAAAUGCAGCGGCAAAUGUUCUUCGUGAAACUUGGCUCAUUUACAAACAUACAAGACUAGUAAAACGGGUUAAUCCCGGACGUGUAAGAACCCACCAAAGAAAGUUCCUUCUAGCUAUAUACGCGUUACGAAAGGUUAAAAUGGAUCAACGAAAACUAAUGGAUAAUGCCAAUACAAUAACAGACAUGGCGAAGACUCAAAACACUGUCUACGAGAUUAUUUCGGACAUGUCAAGUCGUCAAGAUGCUAUUGAAGAGCGACUCACAAAUUUAGAGGACAAAUUGCAAGCAUUGCAGGAUCAUUUAGAGAGCUUACCUGACGUAAUAUCUCGUUGUCUAACUCAACAUCAAGAAAGGAUAGAACAACGCAAGAACUUUCUACAUCCAGAUGCAGCAGCUACUUCAGUCCAGGCAUCGCCACAGUCCCUCUUCAACGCGUCUCCGAUGUUAUUUCCCCACUCAAGAAGUGUUCCCUCAUCCAAUAAUGUUGCUGCAACAUACCAUUGGCCAACCAGUCCUAUUUUGCCACCUGUAUCUAGUAGAACUCCACAUUUAGUGCCUGAUACUCACAUGCCAUCGAAUGGAUCUGCCGCAGUUAAUAGCUACGCAUCUUCCAAUAAAUAUGGCAGCUGAAUAGAAGAAAUUGAGUGCUCCAUGCCCGUCACAAAUAUCGAAAUGCCUACCAUUACGACACCACUAUUUCUAACGUCACCCAAGUUAAAUAUUGCAAAACCAGAAAAUAUUAUUGCCGGGGUCAAAUGCAAUUCCGAUUUAUCAUCAAAUGUCGGCCGAAGAGUUCCCAAUGCUUUACAAUUAAUCAUGGAGACUACAAUUUCCGAAGACGCCGAAACAACCAUACAAGAUUCGCCGGAUAGUUCAUUAACGACAACACAACUACAAGAAGCGCACUCAGCAUCACCAACCAUAUGCACAACAGCCGCGACCAUGGCUACCAAUAAAUUUACCAGGAAGAGACAACGUCUAUAUAAUAGCUAUAGCUUUAUAAAUAGUGGUAAUAGCACUAAUUCUAACGAUUUCAUUUCGAAAACGGACUACUUUAAGGCUUCUUCGAAAUGAAAGCGAACUAACAAUUUAAGAUAUCACAUAGUUCUAUUCAUACAUGUAUAUACACAUCUAACAUUGCGUUAACAUAUUUAGAUAAUUUUUAAUUUAUAAUGAUCGGUCAACAAAAGUAAUCUUAGAAACAUGAACGUACUUACAUAAACUUAUGUUUUUCCCAUAUAUAGUAUAUGUGUAUAUGGAUAAUUCAACCGUAAUUAUGUGUUUUUAUAUACUUUAUACUUGUACAUAUUCAUAAAUUAAAGAAACGCUGCAAAGAAAGUACGAAAUGAGAUUUAUCUACAACAGUUAAGUAUAUUGUUAAAGCUUCCAGCGCAUGGUAAAAAUACCAUACAUCCAAAAAUGGUUCUUGUUAAAAUUUUGGUUGAACUUGUUCAAUAUUUUCAUCUACUCUGUUCAAAUUCCCUUUACUUUUACUUACAUACGUGUUACAUACAUAUGUACAAGUAUAUUAAAUCUGGAAAUGUUCUACGAAUCGUACAUACAUACAUUUUUUGGAUUGAAACGAAAUUUAUUUAAUUGAUUUAUUUUUCAAUAAUAAUCUUAAUAAUAUUACUAGAAUGUUUUUGUUGCUGAAAAAUUUUCCCCAAAAAUAUUACCUGCUGAAUUGAUAGUGGUACACUUGCUUAUGAUUCCAUCAUGGUUCUGUUUUCCAUGCGAAAUAUACGGGUAUAUGGUAUGCACAGCCCGAAACCUCUUAAUUAAUCGACUAAAGUGGAUUCUUGCGGGCACUUGGUCCUAAAACGUCCAGCAGAGCACAAUCACAGAAACAUCUUACUUACAUCUUUUAAAAUCUGGAGAUACAUAUGUUUCAUAAGCGUAAUUGAGGAAAAUACAUCAACGAAAAGUUAUCAAAAAGAUAUGUAUUUUCAUUUACUAAAUACUAAAAAUGUCAAUAUAAUAUAAUGAGCAUUUUUAAUUGCACUAUACGGCAAAAACCUUUUCUUUUUUUUUUUUAGGGGCAUUGGACCAAACGAAUUGAGUCAGAAAAUUUCUUCUUGUUCCAAAGAGGUGAAACAUUUGUCUGUCAGGCUUGUGUAUAUGACAGAUGCUAUAAGUGAAAAUUUAAGAAAUUCGAUAUUGUUGUUGUAAGGGUUGUGAUUUUUCUUGUAAUAGUAUUGUCGUAUAUUUUUUAGUAUAAGGUCCAAGUGUGAGGUGGUGAAGAUCUUGCUAAUACUGGCAUUGUUUGUAGUGCAUUAAAGACAAUUAUCAUUAAUGUUAUUGACAAACACUUUCAUGUUUAUUAUGGUAAAUAUGUAAAUAUUCUGAUAGAAGCCUUUUCGAAAGCGAGGUUCAUUUACUGCAUGUUCCCCUCAAUUGGUUAGAAAAGCAGUUCUUAAGCGAAUCUGAUGAGCAGGGAGAACAUUUUCGCAUAAUCGAGGCUCCAAUGGGCGCCCGCUUCAAGGGGAAACAAUUAAACGCUAUGAAAACAGAUAUACAUACUAUAUGUAUGUACUAAGUUGGUGGCUUAAAAUCGCAUUAGGUAAUUUGGUUGAGGUCUUUGAUUAUGAUGAACAUUGUGAAGAGAGCAAAACUUAUUUCGAACUUCGAAGCAAAUAUUUCGAUUUUGGAGAAGAACUGAACGAAAAACGGAGAAAUUACUUUUUCACUUAUAACUCAAUAUCUCGAAAAUAAUUGCUUUACUUCUAUACCAAACCAAGGGUUCUAUAAAGUUAUUAAAAAAAGCUAAACAUAUAAUUCAGUAUGUUGUGGAGUAGUAAAAGAUGAUGAUAAUGAGAUUUAUAUUAAACACAACAAAAUCAAUGAAUUGAUACAGAAACUUAACUUAGUAAACUUAAAACCCAAAAUUUGGAUCGUUCAACUCCAGUUUUGUAAUAUUUUUUCGUUAAAAUUCAAAAGUACAAAGACCUGAAGUAAUUAUCGUGUAUUCAUAAGUAUAACAAAGGAUAUAUGGAAAAGACGUAACAACAUCGAGCAAAUAGUAGACUAAUUCUAAUUCUUUUAACACUCGUUUUGUUUAUCGCCCCAAAUUGGUUUUCGUCGAAUGAUUUCCAACUUCCACUUAAAUAACUUCACUGAUUAGGCUACUUAUGUAUGUAUAGUUAUUCCAGGGGACCUCAAUAAAAAAAUAUAAUAUAUUAUUAUUAUCAACUUCAGUAAGCAACGAUCGACUUAAAAUCCAUUAUAUUCAACACACAUGUACAGAUGUACAUUUUAAAUACAACUACAAGUGAAUUAAAGCCCUGAAAAAGUUUCAUCACCUGAAAUUUAACAAGUAAUAUUUUGUUGAGGUGUACUUUUUUAAUUGUUUUGUAACUCAAGAGGGAAGAUGAAAAAUACCCCACUAUCAGUCAAGAAAUUUCCGAAUGUAUAAAAUAACAUAGCCUACAUACAUAUGUAUGUAUGUAUACCCAUACUUACAUUAUAAUUAUUUUGUCUCAAAUAGCAUUUGAAGGACAGACGUACCAAUUUGUAUAUACGAUUACUAAUUAGUGUGACAUGUUUACACAAUUAAAAUUAUAAAUUUUGUAACAGUUUUAUUUUGGUUCCAUUAAUACAGAAAAUGUGGAUUAACAGGUUUGACACCGGUUUGCAAACCUGGUCCCAAAUAAAAAAAAUUCUCAACAUUUGUACUCGUAUGUAGUUCUUAGUAAAAAAUAUUUAUUGUAUAGUAUGUAAGACCUAAAUAAAAUGAAUGUUUGUUAUAAUGAUAGUGUGAGUGAAAUCUGUACAAUUUUAUUCGUGUGAUUUUGUAGACAAAAUAUUUAAAUACAAUUUAACCUUUUUAAGGAAAAGGAAAAAAGACUUAUAUAAGUAAUAACAAAACAUUUAGAUAAACAAAGAUGUAUGAACUUUAAUUAACGAAAAUCCAUAUUUCGCUGCUUACUGAAACCACACAAUUCUUAUUUUAACUAAUCAAUUUACUAUAGAAAAUCCUUCUCAUCCUAUUAUGUAUGGCGACUGGCGCGAGUAUAGUUAGUAGGAUAUGAGAAGACAUUCCCCACUUUUGGUGUAUUAUGUGUCACCGAUAACCUUUGUUAUAGUUUAAAGGAAUGUCAAAUUCAGUCAGCUAAUAUUACUGCUCAAACUGUUCAAGACCAGUACUAUUCUGCGUGUUUUGGAAUGUUUAUAAUUCAUAAUAUUUUUAUUUUAUAAAAUACUGAUCAGCAGUUAAAAUGGGUGUUGGCAGACAGAGGAGAUUCUCCAGAUCAAGAAUAGAUAUAACCCUGGAAAACGUAUAGUUAUUUGUAGAUAUUUAGAUUUAAAGUUGAAAAUUUCAACUGUUUGAAAAUUGUAUUUUUUCGAUUUUAAAUAUAUUUUAUAUUUUCCACUAUUAUAUCCACUAACACUUCACUAAUUCGAUUGUUAUAAAUUGCAAAAUAUCUUUUACUCAAUAUUGAACCUAUUGUUCAAUAACAAAACGGUUACAAACUGAUAGCUAGUGUUACCUUAUAUAUAACAUUAUGUUAUAUUAUACCAAAAUUACCAGGAAAUUAAUCAAUUUUUAACUUUUCGGCGGUCUUCAUCCGCUCUUCAAAAAAAUAACCUUAAUCGGUCCAACAUGGCGUGUUGUCAGUUUUUUGCGCAGCUUCAGCUGCGCUUUAUAAAAAUAACCCUGGUUGGUUCUCAAGAGAAGAGAAAUCUGAAAAAAAUUUUAUUGUCCGAUUGCAACACUGGUUAUUUGUCAGCGUGCAUCCGUCUUGUCAUUGUGUGAAUAAAUAGAAUUGAACAAGAAGUUAGAUAUUGAAUUAAUAUACUUAUAUAAUGUGAAAUAAAUGUGUACAAACAAAUCAGUGAAGUACGAAAACUUUCUUUAAAUAUAUAAUGCCCAGAAAUUUUCAAACCUGUUAAACAAAUAUAUCUAAAUUUCAAUGAAGUUCAUUGUUCUCCAUUUCUUUCUGUAUCAUUGGAGUAUUUAUUGCAUAAAUUUGAUCAUUUCUAACAAAUACUAUAAAAAGUGGUUCCCAAAAAUGUAGAAAAGCGCUUUAAUGUUCAUUUUCAAAUAUACUAGGUCAAUAACCAUAUACAAAACAAAUUAUAGUUAAAGAUUAGCAACUAUACCCUAGUCGCCCUGCAUAACUCGUAGGUUAGAU